GGGUGACAUCCACACUGGCCUCCAGGACAGCUGGGCAGACCUAGUAUGUCCUUAGCUAGCCCCACUCUUGCCUGCCCCAGGAUCUGAUCUGCUUCGCUGAAGAUGGAGGCUGAGGAUCUUUCAAAGGCCGAGGACAGGCCUGAGGACCCCGGUUUCCAAAAUGAAAACCAGUCCCCUGCUCUGAAGCCCGAUUUCCCACUAGAAGAGCAGUGUCCUGGCCCCACUGUCCUCUGGGACAUGCUUGAAAAGAAAUUUCUGGAAUACCAGCAGCUGACACACAAGAACCCUGAAGAACGUCGGAAGAACCUGCUCAGCCUUCUCCCCCUGUUCUUAAAGGCCUGGGAACACUCCGUGGGCAUCAUCUGCUUUCGCAGUCUCCAAAGGCUGGCAGAAGAUGUGUCCGACCAGCUUGCCCAAGAAAUCCAGCAGGCACUUGCUGGAAAGCCUGCAGAGCAAGCCCGGGCUGCAGCUGGGCAGUUACUGCGGUGGAAGGGUGACAUGGAUCAGGAUGGCUACCUGCUCCUGAAGUCGGUGUAUGUGCUCACGGGGACAGACUCGGAGACACUGGGCAGAGUGGUUGGAUCAGGACUCCCAGCCCUGCUCUUGCAGUGCCUGUACCUCUUCUUUGCCUUCCCCGUGGAAAAGGAUGAGCUUUUAGAGAGCGAUGUCCAAGGGCAGAGGAUGUUCGUGCAGAUGUUGUUAAACAUUUGCAGUGAGUCUCAGGGUCUGGAGGGACUUCUCUCAGGAAGCGAGCUGCAGUCUCUACUGAUUGCUACCACCUGUCUGCGGGAACACAGCUGCUACUUCUGGAAAGAGCCUACCUUCUGUGUGCUGAGGGCUAUCUCCAAGGCUCAGAGCCCCAGCAUCAUCCAGUAUCUUCGAACUGCUGACUGGGUCCGGCUCUCAGUUCAGAACCUGUCCAAGUUGGCUGACACCCUCUCUGCUCCCGAGGUGAGCGAGGCUGUGAGCCUCGUCCUGAACUUUGUGAAAGACUCCUACCCAGUCUCCUCUGCACUGCUCCUGGAGUUUGAGAACGGGGAGGGCUAUCCUCUGCUACUCAAGGUUCUGCUGCGGUAUGAUGGGCUGACCCAGGGAGAGGAGGAACCCCAUCUUGAGGAGCUCCUGGAGCUGGUCAUGUGGCUGACCACCUGCGGGAGAUCAGAGCUGAAGGUGUUUGACAGCGUCACUUAUCCUCAGCUUGAAGGCUUCAAGUUCCAUUAUGAGGCUUCUGGAGUGACAGUUAAGAAUCUCCAGGCCUUCCAGGUCCUGCAGAAUGUUUUCCACAGAGCCAGUGACUCUGUCCUCUGCACCAAAGUGCUUUUGACCAUCAAGACCAUGUGGGCCUGGAACCCUCGAAAUUUUUUCCUGUUGGAGUGGACCCUGCAGCCCAUCUCACAGUUUGUUGAGAUCAUUCCCCUGAAGCCAACCCCGGUGCAGGAGCAGUUUUUCCAGCUGUUGGAGACGCUGGUGUUCAAGCUUCUCUAUGUUCCCCAUGAGAUCCUGGCUAAAGUGCAGGGUCUGAUCAAGGAGAGCCCUGAGCUGUCCUGCACCCUUGUGGCCUUGCAGAGCAUCCUCAAGAUCACAGCCAGUGACGGGCUUUUCACAGACAUCUUCCGGGACUCAGGACUGCUAGGUCUGCUGCUGGCCCAGCUCCGGAAACAGGCCAAGAUCAUGAGGAAGUCAGGAAACAAAGAGCCCAGUCCUGGUGUGCAGGAUCCAGAGAGGGAACUUACCUGCGUGAUGCUGAACACAGUGGUCGCACUUCUGCAAGGCUCUGUUCGAAAUACAGUUGUCCUAAAAGAUCAUGGCAUGGUGCCCUUCAUCAAGAUCUUCCUGGAUGAUGAGUGCUACCGAGGAGCCUCACUCAGCAUCUUGGAGCAGCUCUCCAUCAUCAAUGCUGAGGAGUAUAUGAGCAUCAUUGUGGGUGCUUUGUGUUCGUCCACCCAGGGGGAGCUGCAGCUAAAGCUGGAUCUUCUCAAGGUGAGAGCAAGUCCUCCUCUGUAA